CCAGCCGAUGACGCGCUGUUGGUCAGAGCGGACGAGGGAGAGGAGGAGGGAGUGGGAGGAAGCUAUCCAGGGAUCCCCCUCUCUCUCCCAGGAACCGCCGACAAGAGAAGCACACUCUUCAGGUUCGGCAAACGAGGCGCAGGGACCCUCUUCCGGUUCGGGAAGCGAGGCUCUCUUUUCCGGUUCGGGAAAAGGGGCGGGGCUCUCUUCCGGUUCGGCAAAAGGGGCGGGGCUUUGUUCCGGUUCGGCAAGAGAGGCGUGGCUUCGGGGUCGGGGGCGUUCCCGCUGGCUGACGACUCCGACGUGAAGAGGACGCUCUUCCGCUUCGGCAAACGAUCCAACCUUGACCUUCUCAGGGACGUCUUGUCGCAGUACCAGCUCAGCGCCUACCCCGACGCCUACCCCGACGCCUACCCCGACGCCUACAUCGAUGACGUAGACAGCAAGCGAGGGGUAGACGGGUUUCACUGGGGAGAUGACCAAUAAGCGAACUGUGUGUGAAUAGCCGAGGACAGGGUGACCAAUAAACUAACUGUGUGGUGAUAAGCUGAGACAGGGGUGACCAAUCAACUAACAUUGGGGGGACAUUAACAUUGUGAUUAGCGAAGAUGAAGGCGACGAAUAAACGAACUUUGUAUACUUUCAGCAAAGAGUGAGACGACGAAUAAAAUAAGGAAAUUUCACAAGUUCAAAGAUGGAGAUGACGAAUAAACAAACAUAUUUCAAAGGGGCCAUGAGGGAGAUGACGAAUAAACAAAACAUAUUUCACACGGGGCCAUGAGGGAGACGACGAAUAAA